CAAAUCUCAUGCUCACAAACGCAAAUUGUUUGAAGUUAUGCUUCAAAGACUCCAUCUUUCCAUAAAGCUUCUAUCUUUUGCGCAAAUGCCUUUCUCUUUUCUUGUGUUUGUAGAAAGAUAGAAUCUUUGAUUCUCUGAAGCAAGUUGUUUGAAGUUAUGCCUCAAAGACUCCAUCUUGCCACUAGUAGUGCGAUAAAGCUUCGAUCUUUUUGCAAAUGCCUUCACUCUAUCUCGUGUUUGUCGAAAGGAAGCAGCUUGGAUGCUCAGAAAUCUAGUCCAGAGAAUGAAUGGGUGAGGCUUCUCAAACCAUUUGAUCUUGCUGAACUCCGGGAAUCUCUUGUUGGCAUUACUCCUCGUCAGGUUAGCAGAUUUCUUGAGCUCCCACUUGAUGUUUCUACUUGCUUGGAUAUCUUCAAUUGGGCAGGUGCUCAGAAAGGGUAUUCGCAUUCUUUUGAUGUUUAUUUUGUUCUUAUAAGAAAAUUGGGUGAAGCUAGAGAGUUUAAGAUGAUAGAAUUGUUGUUGAGGAAGUCUAUAGAGGAAGGCAUUGUCCUCAGAGAGUGUUUGUUCAUUGUGAUAAUGAAGUGCUAUGGUAGUUCGGGAUUCCCGGGUAAUGCAGUUCGGGUGCUUGAUGAAAUGCGAGCGGUGUUUGGUUGUGAGCCAACAUUUAAAUCGUAUAACGUUGCUUUGGGUAUUUUGGUUGGAGCAGGUUGUCACCGUAUGGCGGCAAAUUUGUUCUAUAAAAUGCUGCAUGGAGGAGUCCGGCUGACCACUUUCUCAUUUUCUAUUGUGAUCAAAGCUCUUUGUUUUAUGAACGAGGUAGAGUCUGCAUGCUCACUUCUUCCGGGUAUGACGAAGCAUGGUUGUGUCCCUGAUGCUAUUGUGUAUCAGACUUUGAUACAUGCCUUGUGUAAGCAUAACAGGGUGAAAGAGGCAUUGAAGCUUUUGGAGGAGAUGCUUGUUAUUGGUUGUUCAGUGGAUGUCGAUACUUUUAAUGAUGUGAUUCAUGGGCUCUGUAAGUUUGGUCGUAUGCAUGACGCAGGAAAGUUGAUUAAUAGGAUGCAACUUCGUGGGUGCAAACCAAAUGCCUUGACGUAUGGAGUCUUCUUGCAAGGUUUGUGUAAAAAUGGUCAAGUGGAUGAAGCGAGAAUUCAUUUGAGUCGAGUCCCAAACUCGAAUGUCGUCUUAUUUAAUACUGUGAUCGGUGGAUACUUGAAUGAAGGAAGGUUUGAGGAAGCAAAAUAUUUGUAUGAUAACAUGAUAAGGAAUGGUUGUUGCCCUGACUUUUACACUUACAGCAUCAUAAUCAAUGGCCUUUGCAAGGCUGGAAGAUUGGGAUCAGCCAGACAAGUAUUAAGCAAGAUGGAGAGUCAGUUCUGCAAGCCAAAUAUUGUCACUUAUACAAUAUUGAUAGAUGCUUUCUGUAAGGUCGGUAGGUGGGAGGAAAUUGAAGUGAUUUUGGAGGAAAUGUCUUUGAAAGGUUUGAGUCUGAAUACUGUAACAUAUAAUUGCCUUGUUUCUGGGUUGUGUAAGGACAGGAAUAUCAAAGAGGCAAUGGAACUUAUCAAAAGGAUGAAGAUGGAGGGUUGCAAGCCUGACAUAUUCACAUACAAUUCCCUUUUGUAUGGAUUAUGUAAAAAUGACCAAAUAAAGGAGGCAUUUCAGUUAUAUGAAAGUUUAUUAGCAGAAGGUGUCGUUGCUAAUAAUGUAACAUACAAUUCCAUGAUUCAUGCACUGCUGAAUAAGGGAAAGUGGCAAGACGCGAUGGACCUUGCUAAGGAGAUGGUAUUUCAUGGUUGCUCCCUUGAUAUUGUAAGCUAUAAUGGACUGAUAAAAGCUCUUUGCAAAGAUGGAGAAGUUGAGAAGGCUAUGGAAAUGUUUGAGAACAUGACCGAAAAGGGUAUCAAGCCAAGUAAUUUUUCUUACAACAUUUUGAUAAAUGGGCUCUGCAAAUUAAGAAGAGUACAAGAUGCGCUUAAGCUCUCACAAGAAAUGCUUCAACGAGGUUUGACACCUGAUAUUGUUACUUAUAAUAGUAUUAUAAAUGGUAUGUGUAAAAUGGGAUGGAUGCAUGCAGCAUUAAACCUCUUAGAGAAACUACAUCACGAAGAUGUUCUUCCUGAUACAAUAACAUACAAUAUUCUCAUUAGCUGGCACUGCAAAGCUAGUAUGCUUGAUGAUGCCAAUGGGCUUCUAAACAGAGCAAUUAACAGUGGAAUUUGGCCUAAUGCUCACACUUGGAACAUAAUGGUGAAUAACUUUGUCAGAGAACCGGGUUUUUUGAUACCAGAGUAGCGAGAAAGUUAGAAUCAGCAAAUAUUUGGCUUCAGUCUCCAUGGUUAACUUGUCCUGUACUCUGUAAACAACAGCGGUGGCAGGAUAGAUCCAAUACAUGUGCAUCUUCAAAGGCAUCAUUUGAUGAAGGGCUUGCUUCUACAAGCAUUUGCGCCAUUUGAAAAGCCAGAAACAGCUUGUUUUAUCUUUGAUUUGCCUUUCCCUAGCAUGGCUAUUCUCCGGAUGACCUUCAGUAGCCGACGGGCACAC